GAAGUCCUCCCUCCCUUUCUUUUGGGGGUGCUGACCCGCUGCGAGGCAGAUAUGACUAAGUGACAUAUUGAAUAUGGCGACGACUACAGCAUGUCGUAGAAGGAGAUAAGAGGUGGAGCCAACGACCCACUAAGACUCACGUAUCUACAAUUACAUUCCCGAGCGGCAGUCAAACGGAGGCGUGAAUGCAAGAUGCCAGCGGAAUGAUCGACCGGACAGAGGCUAGGGCAGCUUUCUUCCCACCGCGUCCUUCCUUGUGUGUCGGAGAUAUAAAGCGAGUGCACCGGAAAAGAAGGGGAACUGAGUCGAUCUAUUCCAUGGCGAAGCAUCCGAAGCAUAACUGCACACUCACACGAUCUUUGCCGAGAGAUAGGAGCAUUCGGUGGAACCGGUGAACUACACUUGCUUCUUGAUAGAUGUGUGGGACAGAGGGCUCGUGGUACCUGCUGCCCACCCUUCCUCCGCUUUGAUAACCGUGUGAACGGAGAGUGGGCAGAGCAAAAGGGAAGGAGGUCCUCAUACGGAGUCGCACACUUGAGCAGUGCGGGAGACUGGAGAAUGGGUCGAGUAAACUCCCUUAGGGCCGAUUAAAUCACAGACGAGGUUCUUUAUUUUUUCUUUUUUAUUUGAGGGGAUGUUCUACAAAAAUCAAGGCAGAGGUAAAUACUUCGAAGAGGCGGCUCGGUAGGGAUGGAAUGGUCAAUCGUCAAGUCAAGGAUGACUUCUUUGUUGGCGAAACGAUGGGGGAGAGAAAGCACGCCAGUGAUUCUCUGAGCCGGUCUUCAUUUCCAACGCCUCGGGAAACAGGUCGAGAUAGAUGACAGCACCUUUUUAUCCUCUUCCUUACCGGGAAGGCGCACUUCUCUUCUUCUUCUGGCCUUCACCUCCUGCCCGGCCCGGAAAUAGAACCCAGCCCCCUUUCUGAUCCAUUCAUUUCUGCAAGCAGGCGGGAUCCUGAGCUAAGCCCCCCUCCUAUUCGAAGCCGGGUGUGGCCUCGCCCUUUUGCUCUUCCUUCGGUUUGGCUCCACGAAGGCGCCGCCUAGACUAGGAGCCCCACUCAUAUUCAAAAGGCGCCCAGCUUUCAAGACGAUGAUAAUAAGUAGUUAGGCUGCCAUUUUUCCAAUAUCAUGGAAUAGCAUGGCCCGGGGCUAAGGUAACUCCAGUGGGAGAGCCGUGUUAUGGGUGACCUUAUUGCACGGUUCAGAGAGCACUUGUGUAUGUGAUGCAAGUGAACGUGUACGAAAAAGCUGUCGUAAAGUUUCGUUGUUCGUUCCGUCGUUGACCCUAUCUAUGUUUCUACGAUGGCCCAAGAACACGCUCAUUCUUCAGCCGUAGAGAGACUUUUGAAUUGUGAGGUACCAUUACGAGCUCAAUAUAUACGAGUGUUAUUCUGUGAAAUAACUCGAAUUUCAAAUCAUUCACUUGCUUCAACUACUCAUGCUAUGGAUGUGGGAGCAUCAACUCCGUUCCUUUGGGCUUUUGAGGAGCGGGAGAAAUUGUUGGAAUUCUAUGAAAGAGUCCCGGGAGCCAGGAUGCAUGCCAGUUUCAUACGACCUGGUGGAGUGGCACAAGAUCUGCCUCUUGGCUUAUGUCGAGAUAUUGAUUCCUCCACACAACAAUUUGCUUCUCGUAUCGACGAAUUAGAAGAGAUGUCAACCGGCAACCGUAUCUGGAAACAACGAUUAGUGGAUAUUGGUACUGUCACUGCACAGCAAGCAAAGGAUUGGGGAUUCAGUGGUGUAAUGUUAAGAGGUCCUGGGGUAUGCUGGGAUUCGCGAAGAGCAGCACCUUACGAUGUUCAUGACCAAUCGGAUCUUGACGUACCAGUAGGUACCAGAGGAGAUCGCUAUGAUCGUUACUGUAUUCGUAUCGAAGAGAUGCGACAAAGUGUUCGGAUCAUUGUGCAAUGUCCUAAUCAAAUGCCUAGUGGCAUGAUCAAAGCCGAUGAUCGUAAGCUAUGUCCUCCAUCACGAUCUCGAAUGAAACUAUCCAUGGAAUCCUCAAUUCACCAUUUCGAACUUUAUACAGAAGGUUUUUCCGUACCAGCUCCUUCUACCUAUACCGCAGUUGAAGCACCUAAAGGUGAAUUUGGUGUCUUUCUUGUCAGUAAUGGGAGUAAUCGUCCCUACCGUUGUAAAAUAAGAGCACCUGGCUUUGCCCAUUCACAAGGACUCGAUUCUAUGUCCAAACAUCACAUGCCAGCAGAUGUAGUCACCAUCAUAGGUACUCAAGAUAUUGUGUUUGGAGAGGUAGAUAGAUAGGACGUAGUCUUGCUCGAUCAGGACCCUUGCUUUAUUGCGAGCCAAAACAGC